AUGGUCUCUGAUAUUUUGAAUGAAGACCUUGAUGAGGAUGUUCAGAUUGAAGGGAAUGUGCAGCCAGAGGGGAAUGCAGAGCCCUAUUUCAAUGAUAUCAUUAAUGCAAUCACAACAGUGCGAAAAAUGCCAAUGACCAUUACAG